AUGACUGUCCCCCUCAACUUACGUCUUGCGUCUCUAGACCAUGAUGACCCGUGGAUCGUUGAGCAAAGAUAUCUCGAAAUCAUCAAUGACUAUUUACAGCCCGACAGCCAGAUAUCCGCAUCUGAUGCUGCUACUGGGGUGAACAAGCUGACUCCGAUGAGCCGCAAAGCUCGAGGCGAAGAGGUAGAGACCCCAGAAAGCUGGUGUUUGGAGGUUUGGAGCACAUUCAGCGAAAUUGUGAAACAGAUUCCGCAUGAUCACCCGUCACAGGAUAAAAUGGUUGAGUUCAUCAAGGCAUUAAAAGCUUUGCCAGGCGUAGAGGUGAAGCUCUACCAGACGGAUCUUUGGGCAGACCCCGGCCCUAAGCAUGAUGCUUCAGGGUUGGAGAGGUGCGUGAAUUGGCACGCGUUUUCGGCCCGUGUCCUUCAAUCCGGCUUAGCAGAUUGGUUUUACUUGACAACUUGCUGCAUCAAUAAAGCCCUUGAAGAGCCUCACGAGGUGAAUGAAUCCUGGGAAUGUCAAAUCCGCGCGGCAGCACAAUGGAUCGAGCAUUCCAGGGACGUCAUCUUUCAUUCCCUAGACAACUUGGCCGAUUUCAAGGACUUGAUACCCGGUCCUCUGUAUACAGGCAAAGGAGGCUUAUCUCGCGAAAGGUGGGAGUUUUGGGAAGCAAGGUUCCGUGCAUUGGCAGAAGAUGGGACGCUUUCAGAAGGAACCAUAUCCAUGUGUGGCAAUGCUGCAAGACAGAUGGCUGGAAUUUCUGGUGUCAACGGCGACAAGGAUCAGCAGGAUUCAAAAGAGAUAUCGCCAUCAGAAGCCUAG